GUCGCACAUUUGUAAAUCGGACUAGUUAAUUUUAACGCAUGCGCAUAAAGACAAAUAAAAAUCUGUCUACGAGAACAAGCACGAUUGUAUUUCUUCUUAUGAGUGUAUUUUAACUGUGAAGGAUGGCUCCAAGAUUUGAAUUAGCAGUUGGUCUUAAUAGAGGCCAUAAAACAACUAAAAUUCGUGUGGCAAAAAAUAAAAAUGAGAAGAAAAAAACAGUAUGUGUUUUACCAGCAAGAUUAAAAGGGAGACAAACUAAACAUAGCAAAUUUGUCAGAGAUUUAAUUCGUGAAGUAACUGGUCAUGCACCAUAUGAAAAGCGUGCUAUGGAAUUAUUGAAAGUUUCCAAGGAUAAACGUGCAUAAUUUUUAAAAAGAAGGUUGGGUACACAUAUCAGAGCUAAAAGGAAGCGUGAAGAACUUGGAAAUAUUCUUGUCCAAAUGAGGAAAGCCGCUGCACAUCAUUAAAUAAUAUAUUAUUAAAUUUUUAUAAUAAGUGUAUAAUAAAAAUUAUACAUGAAA